UCAUGCGUUAGUCAUCGAGCCGAGCCGAGCGAGCAGCGAGCACGCGCGCGCGUCUCGUUUUAUUCCAUUUCCAUUUCUCAUUUUGUUCCCAUCGCUGCAAGGUCUGCGCGCGAAAUCUCGCGAGUAAAACACUCAAGGGGAUUCCGGAAGGAGCCAGGGACGAUGCCGGCGCUGGCGCUGUGGUGCGCGUUCGCCUUGCUUCACGGCGCGGCCGCCUGCCCCGCGGGCUGCAUAUGCUACAGAGACUCGACGGUCGACUGCUCCAGAAAGGGGCUGACGGACUUCCCCAGGGACGUGCCCAGCAACACCAAGAGGCUGCUGCUCCAGGGGAACCAGCUGCAGACGGUGCCUCCGGGCGCGCUCGACCACCUCCAUCGGCUGAUGAAGCUCACGCUCGAGGACAACCCCUGGCACUGCGACUGCUCCAUCCGCUACCUCGUGCUGUGGCUGCACGACGCGGCCCAGCUGGAGCGCGUCAACGCGACGUGCGGCAAGCCCAAGUUCCUCAUGCGCACACUGAUCAGCACCCUGAGCGGUCUGGAGCUGGGUACGGAGUGCGCGGGGCCCCAUUCGAUCUCGUGCUGGGAGGUUGCGCAGCGCGACAUCGGCCUGCACAUCCUCUACGCGACGCUGCUGCUGCCGCUUGGCUACUGCUACCUGUGGUACCGCGGCGGCGGCGAAGACGGGGCGCGCGCCAGGGCGGCCAGCACGCUCCGCCGCUCGCAGAGGGCAUCGCGGCUCGCCGCCAUCACCGCCGAGGAUAUAUACGAGGACAUCGACGGGAGAAUCAUGGCCACGGGGGUUCUGUAAGCUAC